AUGGUUUUAGCAGAUUUGGGAAAGAAGAUCACCGGGGCGUUCAAGAAUUUGAACAGUGCCACCGUUGUCGAUGAACAAGUACCUGAAGAUCAAUUGGUAUUAUCAUAA